UUCGCCCUCUUCAAGCAGCUCCAGUGACAGGUAUCUGAUGAUCUAUGGCACAUAUAGGGUUUAUCAGGGGUUUUACUACUCUCUACAAAGCAAAAGCCAGAACCAAAGCAUACCCGUUUGGUUACUUUCAGUGUAGAGCCCUAUCAGUAUCCGCGAACUCCAAUAACGGUCCUGAUGAUUCAGUGCUUCCAGUUCUGAUUGUUGGCGCUGGACCUGUUGGUCUCGUCCUGUCCAUACUUCUCACCAAAUUGGGUGUGAAAUGCACUGUUUUGGAGAAAAGCAAAUCGUUUUCUAAGCAUCCACAGGCACAUUUCAUCAAUAAUCGGUCAAUGGAGGUGUUCCGCAAGUUGGAUGGUCUUGCAGAGGAGAUCCAGAGUAAUCAGCCGCCAGUAGAUUUGUGGAGAAAGUUCAUAUAUUGUACCUCUCUUACUGGCUCAAUUCUUGGUUCAGUCGAUCAUAUGCAACCGCAAGAUUUUGAGCAACUUGUGAGCCCAGUUUCUGUUGCACACUUUUCCCAGUACAAAUUAGUGAGAUUACUACUAAAGCAGCUGCAAAAUCUUAGCUUUAAUGUUGUAACACCUGAACAUUCUGAAGGCCUUAGUAAUUGGUCCCUUGGGGGAAAGGAAUUAUUAAUGGGGCAUGAGUGUGUCUCUAUUGAUGCCACUGAUCAAUUGGUUACUGUGACGACUUCUUACCUCAACGAUGGGAAGUAUGUGGAGAGAACUAUCCCAUGCAAUAUCCUAGUUGGUACAGAUGGUGCUGGCAGUACUGUAAGAAAGCUUGUAGGAAUCAAUUUGCAAGGUGAAACAGACUUGCAAAAGCUUGUCAGUGUUCAUUUUAUGAGCAGAGAGCUUGGUCAGUACUUGAUCAAUGAAAGGCCUGGGAUGCUGUUCUUUAUCUUCAACACUGAAGCUAUUGGGGUCCUUGUUGCCCAUGAUCUCAUGACAGGAGAAUUUGUAUUGCAGAUGCCAUACUAUCCUCCUCAGCAAAACCUUGAAGAUUUCAACCACAAGAUGUGCAAGAAGCUUAUAUACACAUUGGUUGGUCGGGAGCUUUUAGAUUUAGAUGUAAUAGAUGUAAAGCCUUGGGUCAUGCAUGCUGAAGUUUCUGAGAAGUUUGUGUGGUGUGACAAUCGAAUAAUUCUUGCUGGUGAUGCUGCACAUCGGUUUCCUCCGGCUGGUGGUUUUGGAAUGAAUACUGGCAUUCAGGAUGCUCAUAAUCUGGCAUGGAAAAUUGCUUCUAUAGUAAAGGGAAUUGCUCCAUCUUCACUGAUUCAUACUUAUGAAACUGAACGUAGGCCGAUUGCCAUUUUCAAUACAAAGCUUAGUGUUCAAAACUUUAGAGCAGCCAUGGCAGUUCCUGCUGCACUAGGUCUUGAUCCAACUGUUGCAAACUCAGUGCAUCAUAUUAUAAAUGAAGGGGUGGGUUCCAUUCUACCAUCUGGAUUACAGAGGGCAGUUCUGGAUGGAAUUUUUACGUUAGGUCGUGCUCAACUUUCAGAAUCUUUGCUAAAUGAAAAUAACCCACUUGGGUCUUCGAGGCUUGCAAAACUAAGGCAUAUAUUUGAAGAAGGCAAGAGCCUUCAACUCCAGUUCCCUGCUGAAGAUCUCGGUUUCCGGUACCGCAAAGGAGCUCUCAUUCCGGACUGUGGUAGUGCAACAGUUGUUCCUGAAGCACCUACCGGUCGUCGAAGGGAUUAUGUCCCUUGUGCAGAUCCUGGUUGUAGGAUCCCCCAUAUGCAAGUGAGGCUAUUGUCAAAUUCGUCUAAUGAGGAGAGCAUUUCUACCUUGGAUAUGGUGUCUGGAGAUAAAGUUGAGUUCCUCCUCAUAAUAGCGCCAAUAGAUUCAUCCUACCAUCUUGCACGAGCUGCGUUCAAGGUGGCGGAGGAAUUUAAGGUUUCUGUUAGAGUUUGCGUAUUUUGGUCAGCUGAUACUGCUGGAGGCGUCGACAUAGGAAGUAAGGGGGCAUUGGCACCUUGGGACAACUACAUAGAUGUCGCGGAAGUUAAAAGCUCAUCAAAUCCUUUGUCAUGGUGGAAUAUCUGUCAAAUGACAGAGAAAGGCGCCAUUUUAGUCCGUCCUGAUGAGCACAUUGCUUGGAGUGUGAAGUCGGGUGCUGUUCGCGAUCCUAGUUUGGAGAUGAGAAGGGUUUUCUCUGCCAUUUUGGGCGUAAAUUCUACCCAGUAGACAAAACACCAUCAAUUGAUUCUUCGAUUCUUUGAAUAAGAUGGAAUUUUCCUCAUGCUUAAAUGUUGGAGAAUAAUGUCACCUGAUCUGAGCCAUGACAAUUCAUGAACCAGAGUGUAUGGUUCAGAAUUUCCUGACAUGGCAAUGAGAUCUCUUAUUUUUCAGCUAAACAAUCAAAAAUGUAUCAAAGGAGUGAUAUGAAUUUCGAACUCGUGGAAUUAUUUUUUGUGUAUAUUUAUAAUUUAACAGAAUUUGUGUUAUUUUGUUUUUGCUUCUCGGAUAA